CAGUAAUAAAACAAUGGAACCACCACUGGUCACCAUUGAAGACCUGCAUUUGUUCCACACUGUAGAUAGGAAGAUCUUCUCCCGCCUGGUCAUCGACCUGGGCCGCAACCCGUCGGAGUCCAUGCUGGUCAUGGCUUUCUGGCUAUGGCUCGAGGACAUCGACUUCCCAAGCAUCACUCAGAGGAUGGGGAACUUCCCUCCCGCCAUGGUCAACAACUUGGCCCGAGAAGCUGCCCGCUGUCUGAGGAUCCUUGACCCCCGAACCCGCCCCGAGGCUUAUCGGGAUGAUGACAUGCCACUCUCCUCUAGGGUCAUUGAAAGGCCAAUUUCGACCAUACACUUUCAGACCACCAAGUUCUCCGCCAUUACCGGAAUCAAGACCAUACUCACCAAGGUCGUCGCCAUUGUCUUUGUUGACAUACUGGAGCAAGUUCUGCCUAGCAGCGGCCGCCGCCGACCCGCGAACCCUCCUCCUCCGCUCCAAAUCCCGGGAUUCCCGCACCCUGUGUUCGGUCGCGUCGAAGUUGUCCCAAUACCCCCGGGCUCCUCCGUCCCUGACGGCGGGUUGUGGGGCUGGGCAAGGUCGUACGAGACGACCGUGGAUGACCGGACCAUGUUCUUGACGUUCUCCAGAGGGUACUGGGUGUCGGAGGAGGAAGUGUGGGAGCUAUUCACCUCUUUGUUCGGGGAUUCUGUGGAGGCGGUGAAGAUGGUGCCGCCGGCCGUCGAGGAUGAGCAGUCGCUGUACGCCAGGAUGGUGGUCCGGUCGGUUAAAACCAUAGAUAAGAUUCUGGGUAAAAACAUCAUCGCUAAGCUCCGUAUUAACGGGAAACAUGUGUGGGCACGCAAGUACGAGCGCCGAGAGCGAGACGGUGAUCGUUAAAACGUUGCCAGGCCAGAUGCUAAUAAUCCUGUUAAUCAAAUCUUAAUAAUCAAACCUUAAUAAUUCUGUGAUUUCUGUUUUCGUGGUGUACUUUGUUUAAUUUCCCGAAAUAUCGUACCGUCGUUGAGCAGCAUAAUCACAAUUUUUAUUGUGGAUUGUGAUGAAGAUGACGAUUAUGGUAUGACAGUAUAUUGCAAGUGUUGUUGUUGUGUUGUACAGUAUUUGCUUUGGUUUCUUCCAUUCCGUUUACCAAUGUUAUAAUUAAUGUCAAUCCCGCCAAUGUUUGAAUAUAUUUGGAAUUCUCGUGACUUUUGAAUUAGUGUUUGAUUUGCGG